AUGGGCACCACUGCUACCAAAUCAUCCAUCACAACAGUACAAAAUCCAGCUUCUAAGCCCAAACCUUCCGUACAAUCGGUUAAGGUUUCCUAUAAAGAAAAACAAAUAACUGAUGAAGACAUUGAGCGUGUAAUCAAGGAGGCACUCAUACAACAACAAUGCAUAGAACUUGAUUUACUCUCGAACAAAAUUACACAUACAGGUGCUGCAAUACUUGCCAAGGCAUUGCGAAAUAACACAGUAAGACAGUUAUGCUAUUUAUGUCUUGAUAUAGGUACUUUGAAGAGACUUUAA